AUGUCUGGAAACAAGAAAGGACCCCCCACCACUUCUCAAAAGCACCAUAGCUUUGUCACGGAGCCGAUGGGAAACCGGUCUGUGAGGGACGUACCGGGGAUCGGACCCGUACAAGGCCGCACGCUGGAGGAGAGGGGCAUGCCCAGGGCUGACCAGAUGUUGGGCGAUUACCUGCAGAAAGGUCGGGACCAAGGCCAGUUCCAGAACAAUCUGAAGAAUACCACAGGGGCCAAAACCAAGCAACAGAGGGACGCCUACAAUGGAAUGAGAGAGUGGACCAACAACAAUAUGUAG